UAUUUUCGCAAAGACGUGGCGGCGCUCAAAACCUAGGUAUAAAGAUCCCGACGAAGACAAGGUUAAAUAAACCCUAGCGGCCUCCGUUUCUCUAAUAAUAUCUUUUCUAAAACCCUUAUCCCAUCGCUCUCUCUAGAUCCGGUUGAGGCAUUUGCAAGAACAAUAGAAGGGGAAGAUGGCAUUUUGCAGAAAACUUUGUGGCUUAGUCGGGCAAGGAGUUCUUAAAGAUAGUGUAAUAGGCAGAUCAAAUGAGGCUUUCCAGAUGCUUAACUCUUUUCGCUAUAUGUCUACAAAACUUUUUGUUGGAGGACUCUCUUGGGGUACUGAUGACCAAACACUCAAGGAAGCAUUUGCCAGUUUUGGGAAUGUGAUUGAAGCAAGAGUUAUUACUGAUAGAGACACAGGAAGAUCGAGAGGCUUUGGGUUUGUCAGCUUUGAGAGCGAUCAAUCAGCAAGUGAAGCGGUGGCUGGCAUGGAUGGGCAGGAGUUGCAAGGCAGAAGUGUUCGAGUUAGCUAUGCUAAUGAAAGGCCUGCUGGUCCACGAGGUGGUUUUGGUGGUGGCGGCGGUUACGGCGGCGGUAGUUAUGGCGGCGGCGGUUAUGGUGGCAAUUCUGGAUAUGGUGGUGGAUCUGCAGGGCAGAAUGACUUUUAAAAGCCGUUGAGGAUUUCUCUGUGAAAUCUAUGAAUGCUAUGACAACUCUUUUUAUAUGCUUACUGCUAGUCUACAUUUGGUGAAAUGGAAAACCUAUCUUGUGCGA